CAAGAUGGUCCAUGAGUAUCAGAUUGGUAAAGACCAGUGUCACUUAAAGGGCCAAGAUCAGAAACAGCGCACUGAGAUGAAGAAAGACCCACUGAACACUAAAGACCUCAGUCUGACCCUGAAAGACCUCCACCUCACUGACAGUGGAGUCUACACCUGCACCGUCUACAACAAGGAUGGACACAUGCUGCUACAGAAAGCAGUGACUCUCAGUGUCAGAGACUACCAGUCAGCAGUGGUGGAGGUGACACAAGGUCAGAAGUCUGUCCUGAUGCCGUUUAAAAUUACAGGUGAGCUUCCUCAGGUGAUCAAAGUGGAGUGGAAACUCACUCACCCUGAAGAAAAGAUGGUUCACUGUAACGACAGCAGUCAGAAACAGGAUCAGCUUUAUGUAGGCCGCAACUACCAGUCAGUAGUGGUGGAGGUGACACAAGGUCAGAAGUCUGUCCUGAUGCCGUUUAAAAUUACAGGUGAGCUUCCUCAGGUGAUCAAAGUGGAGUGGAGACUCACUCACCCUGAAGAAAAGAUGGUUCACUGUAACAACAGCAGUCAGAAACAGGAUCAGGUUUAUGUAGGCCGCACUGAGAUGAACAAAGAACCACUGAGCGCUAAAGACCUCAGUCUGACCCUGAAAGACCUCCACCUCACUGACAGUGGAGUCUACACCUGCACCUGUCAGGUCUGCAUCUUGGUGUAG